CCGCUGCAGUUCACUGCGUUUCCGUAGCCGUAGUUUGCUACCCGCUGAGCCCAGACCGGGGAAACAGCUCACGGAAACGAUUGAUCCCGAUCGAAUAACGUCAAAGCUGGCAACAUUUAAUGGCGGAUUAACACUGAUAUCGGAAAGGACUCGCUAAAUCAAUGUUCGUAACUCGGGUGCUUUUGGAGAGUGCGCUGGCAACACCCUCCGUAACAUGUGAGAUGUAUAGCAACAGAAAUAUAUUAACUGUGCGUUAUUUCGGCUAACUAGCUAGCAGCUACCCCCCUCUCUAUCCAAUUUAUGGUAGCUCGCUUGAUCUGUUUUCUCAACCGUCGCGUCUGUACCGGAGUAAAAUGAAGAAGUUUAACAUUAGGAAGGUGCUAGACGGCUUGACAGCGGCUUCUUCUUCCUCCUCCGCAACUGCCCAGCCGGGUACUCCCAGGGAAAACGAUGUUAUCCAGGAGACUCUCCAGUCGGAGCAUUUUCAGCUUUGCAAGACUGUGCGCCAUGGCUUCCCAUAUCAACCAUCCUCAAUGGCUUUUGACCCCGUCCAGAAAAUCUUGGCCGUCGGGACUCAGAGUGGAGCUUUGAGGCUCUUUGGCCGUGCGGGUGUGGAGUGCUACUGUCAGCAUGAGAGCGGUGCGGCUGUCAUCCAGCUCCAGUUCCUGAUCAACGAGGGGGCGCUAGUGAGUGCCUUAGCUGAUGACAGCAUCCACCUGUGGAACCUGAGGCAAAAAAUCCCUGCAGUCCUACAUUCUCUCAAGUUCAACAGGGAGAGAAUCACAUACUGCCACCUGCCCUUCCAGAGCAAGUGGCUUUACAUUGGCACAGAAAGAGGAAACAUCCACAUUGUCAACGUGGAGUCCUUCACUCUCUCAGGCUACGUCAUCAUGUGGAACAAAGCCAUCGAACUAUCCACCAAAACACACCCAGGGCCUGUUGUGCACAUCAGUGAUAACCCCAUGGAUGAAGGAAAGCUUCUGAUUGGAUUUGAAUGUGGGGUUGUGGUGUUGUGGGAUUUGAAGUGCAAAAAAGCUGACUACCGCUACAAUUAUGAUGAGGCGAUCCACUCAGUAGCCUGGCAUCAUGAGGGUAAACAGUUUGUUUGCAGCCACUCUGAUGGCACUCUGACCACAUGGAAUAUACGAGCCCAAGCCAAGUCUGCACAGAUCAUCACACCACAUGGAAAGCAGCCUAAGGAUGGAAAAAAGCCAGAACCAUGCAAGCCUAUUCUGAAGGUGGAGUAUAAAACAACAAGGGCUGGGGACCCAUUCAUGAUCCUGUCUGGAGGUCUGUCUUACGAUACAGUGGGGAGAAGAGCCUGUCUGACUGUGAUGCAUGGAAAGAGCACUGCUGUCCUAGAGAUGGACUACCCCAUCGUAGAUUUCCUAACGCUGUGUGAAACUCCAUAUCCAAAUGACUUUCAGGAGCCUUAUGCUGUGGUGGUCCUCCUCGAGAAGGACUUAGUUGUAAUAGACCUCGGACAGAUUGGGUACCCCAUAUUUGAGAAUCCAUAUCCCCUGACUAUCCAUGAGUCACCAGUGACCUGCUGUGAGUACUUUGCUGACUGCCCUGCUGAACUUAUUCCUGCACUUUACUCUGUCGGCAGCCGGCAAAAGAGACAAGGUUACAGCAAGAAGGAAUGGCCUAUUAGUGGAGGAAACUGGGGCCAAGGCACUCAGAGUUACCCAGAGAUCAUAAUCACUGGACAUGCUGAUGGGUCGAUCAAAUUUUGGGAUGCUUCUGCAUUAAUGCUUCAAGUGCUGUACAAGCUGAAGACUGCCAAGGUUUUUGAGAGGGCACGCAGUAAGGAGGAGAAGGCAAACACAGAUAUAGUAGAGGAGGACCCGUUUGCCAUCCAGACCUUGUCCUGGUGCCCUGAGAGCAGAAUGCUCUGUGUGGCCGGGGUGUCUGCCCACGUUAUCAUCUAUAGGUUCAGCAAACAAGAAAUCACCACUGAAGUUGUGCAGCUUUUGGAGGUGCGGAUGCAGAGUGAGUUUAGCGAUGGUGACUCCCCUGAUCCAGGAGGGGAUCAGACCCCCACCCUGCCCACCCCGGGAGCUUCCUCCAGCCCUCAGGAGAUUGAGCCUCCCGCUCAGCCCUCCACAGGCAGCAACUCCUCCGACGGACCCCGGGACAAUAAACCAUGCCUGCAGGUGCGGAGCUCCCCGCUGAAGCAGUCUCCGGGCUACCAGGUGGAGCUGGUGAUCCAGCUGGUGUGGGUGAGCGGGGAGCCACCUCAGCCCAUCACCAGCCUGGCUAUCAAUUCCUCCUACGGCCUUGUGGUGUUUGGAAACAGUAAUGGUCUAGCUGUGGUGGACUACCUCCAGAAAACUCUGCUCCUCAACAUGGGCACAUCGGAGCUGUACAGCCCAUCUGACCCCUACCAGAGGCAGCCUCGCUCGCCACGCAAAACACGGCAGUCCUCUGGAGACGAUCCAACUGUGACGUCUUGCAUGUCCAGACUUUCUUACUUGUAUUCUGAGUCUGUGAAAAAACUACGUUCAUCUCAGUCGACAACCUGUGAUUCCAACGAUGGGUCCAACACCUCAGAGGACCGCUGCAAAUCACCUACUUCAGGAUCUACCUCACCUUGCAAUUCUGAUGAUGAACGGAAACAGAAGUUCAUAGACAAGGUGAAGUUCAAAAGCAGACGCUUUUCCAAGACGGUUGCCAAUGACUUUGCCAAGAUGUCACGGAAAAUUAGCUCGUCUAGCGAGCAAAAGCCAGACCUGGCAGAGGAGAGGUUCCAGCGAUGGCGCUCUCUCACAAAUAAGAAGCACUUUUGUUACAUAAACAAAGGCAAGGCGGCGGCCAGGAUGACCCAGAAGGGGGCCUUCUGUAGAACUAAAUCAGAUCUCAACUACUAUGCCAAGGAUAACGCUUUCACCCGCUCACGCAGUUCAAGUGUCACCAGCAUAGACAGAGAGUCCCGAGAGGCCAUAUCCUCCUUUCACUUCUGUGAGAGUUUCCCCAGGAAGACGGACAGCGUGGUCAGCCCCUGUCUGCUGGUGGGAACCACCCAGGGCACUGUGAUGAUGGUGGCGCUCAGCCUGCCGCCCCCUGGGGACCACAGGCUGCAGCAACCCGUUGGCAUCUCCUCCUGUGGCACUAUGGUCACACUCAAAGGAGGCAUUUUGACUAUGGCCCUGUUGGACAACACUGGAACUUUGCUGCCCCCUUCCUACGAGCCAUGGUACGACCCAAAUGCCUCAGAUGAGGAGAAGGAGAAAAGCCGGAGGCGCAGGCCAGCCUCCCCUCCCUCGGCACAAGAGGGUCAAGAUUCCCAGUUCGCUGUGCUGUGUUCGGAGAAACAGGCCAAGGUGGUGGCCAUGCCCUCCCAAACCCGCAUCUACAAACACAGCAUCACUGAGUCCUCCUUCGUGCUCAGGGCUGAUGUUGUGCAGAUGGCCGGAGCUUACUGCAUCGCCUGUUUCUGUGCUAACGGCCAUAUCAUGACCCUGAGUUUACCCAGUCUACGGCCUCUGCUGGAUGUGAACUACCUGCCGCUGACAGACAUGCGGAUAGCCAGAACGUUCUGCUUCUCCAACCUGGGUCAGGCCCUGUACCUCACCUCCCCCAUGGAGAUCCAGAGGAUCACCUAUAGCCAGGAGACCUGCGACAACCGGCAGGAGAUGCUCAGUGAGUUGUUUACCCCUGUGGAGACACCAGAGGCUCCUAACAAAGGUUUCUUCAAAGGCCUGUUUGGGGGUGGCGCUCAGUCUCUGGACAGGGAGGACCUCUUUGGUGAAACAGGUGCUGGUAAGGCCUCCCGUAGCCUGGCCCAGCACAUCCCUGGCUCAGGAGGCAUGGAGGGCAUGAAGGGUGCAGCGUCUGGGGUUGUGGGAGAUCUGGCCCGCGCCCGGAUAGCUCUGGACGAAAGAGGGCAGAAACUGGGCGAGCUGGAGGACAGAACGGCAGCCAUGAUGGCCAGCGCAGAUUCCUUUUCCAAACAUGCUCAUGAUAUGAUGCUGAAGUACAAAGAUAAGAAGUGGUACCAGCUCUGAUGGCAGCGUGUGGAGCAUCAGACUCUGUUAUCACGCUCACCAGUAUCUCUAAGGAGCUGCAGGUCCUUCUUCUUCUCUUCUUUAUUUCUCUUCAUGGGGCAGGGGGUUCCGCUCAACAGACUUAUGCUUUUAUUCUCAGCACAAUAUCAUGUACACUCUGCAUUACCUCAGUCACCAGAGGACUGCCGCGGAGUAGACACUGGCCGACCCAACGUAAUGAGAAUGGAAAGAAA